AUGGUUACACCCCUUGGGUUGACUUAAUUCUCCAGAGGCGUAGCUCGUCCCUGACUUACUAAGUAGGAAACAUUUGCAGUUAGCACGGCAAGUGGAGAGUUACCAAGGUUUGAAACAGGUUGUACCUUUUCAGAAGGUGACAGUCUGUUAAGGAAGUAUUGGCCCUUCAAGCCUUGGGGACUUAGCUUCAGGCAAGACCUGAAAGACGCCUUCCGUUGGGAAAGGAGAGCUCGCCGGGCUUUGGUGCGUGUGUUUUGUUUGUGUUUGCGAGGGCCUGUGUCUCCCAAGUUGAUGUUUGCACAUCAGAGAAGUCCUUUAUCUCCCCCCUUCGCUCAUGUGCUUGUCAACGUUUUCUUCGUUCUUUUUGACCAAGGAGGGGCUGAAGUAAACAACUGCAUUCUCAGUGUUGGGUAGACCGGCAGGUUCCUGUAUAAACAAGUCGGAACUUGUGGCUCUGCUGGGGGGGAAAUAGAGCCAUACGCUAGGGUGGGAGGGGCCCUUGGAGAUGGUGGGUUUCGGCUCCUGAGACCAGCGCCUGGGCCCCCUCCUUGCUUGUACUUGGCGCGGGACAUCCCUGGCGGGGAGAGACUCCUCGUUCUGACAACGUGUCAGUAUUUUCAGUUCCAGUUUUAGAAAGCAUUUUUUUGUGUGUUUAGCAGAAAUUAUCUCCAUCCGACACGUGUUCCACUGGCUUGGCUUUUAUCAGGCUCGUGUAUAGUGUGUAUAUGGCAGCCUUUCGAGUACUGGGGAAAAAAAAUCCCUCUGCAUUCCUUGUGAGAGUUUUGGUUUUCAAAAUGAAAGAAGUCUCCAUUUCUUCCAUUAUUCCUGCGGCAGGAGGUGUGGUUUUGGUUCCUUCUCCCCAGCUCAUCUAGCUGAAUUACUUUGUCCAUGUUGCCCUUAAUAAGUAGCCUGAUAAACCCAGCGUCGACUUGAAUCUUGGCCCCGGCUAUUAGAGCUGCAUGCUCCGUUAGCCUGGCCACUGUCACAGCCUCCUCGAUUGUCCACCUGAGACCUUCCGAUGCCUGGUCCUGCUCCAGAUGGAUGAGCGCCGUCUCCUCCCUGUGCCCUUACGGCUGGUUUUGGAAGAAGCAGCAUUAGAGUAAGGCUUUCUUGUUGGGUGGUGCCCGGUUACUGCGGAGCGGUGAAUUCAGGGUUGCAAAGUAUAGUCGAGUGCAGCAUCCGAAAAAUGACUUGCCAUUACUUGGAAAAAUUGAAUUUGAGUGGCUUGUAGGUCCAGAUUUGGUUUGGCAAGGACACCUCUUAACCUGUUGUUGGUGUUUUUGGUGGUGUUAGGACUGAUCACAUUCGUGGUCAGUAAUAAGCAGUGAUUGUUUGCAGUGUGAGGGAGUGUUAGAGUGCCAGGGAAAGUUAAUAGUAAAUAUCAGAUCCUACAGGUUAUCACGUGCAGCCUACCAGUGGCAGCAGAUAGGGUUACCACGUAGUUAUUUCGUCUGUCAUUUUGGGUAGAGGUUACCAGUGUGUUCAUUGGUAAAGAAUUUUGCUCCCUUGAGGAUUUUUUAAAGCUGUAUUUGGUGUGGGGUAAAGAACAUAGGCCCGGGGUUGAAUGGCAGCCCUGUCCUUUCACACUAGUGUGUGAUCACGAGAAUAACUUCUCAGUCCCAAUAUGUCUAAUAAUGUCGUAAAGCCAAAAUGAGGUCGUGACGGGCAGGUGGUGCCUGUAAAAAGGUUGUAGUUGGUUGCUAGUUUUACUAAAAACCUAGCCUUUGCACGUGGAAUAAACUUUCAAAGUGAGGCAAAGUUGAAAAUAAGGGAUAAAUACUUAAUAGACAGUGAAACAUACCCAACAUAUACUUCGUGUUUGCUUUCUGAGGAUAGAACAUUAUACUUUGCAGGCUUCUGGGUGAAGAGGUGGCUUUCAGGUCCGUCCUGGAGGAUGUGUGGGUGCCAGACAUUUCCCUGAAGCAAGCAAACAUGACCCGACUUUUAACUAGUGACCCCAAUUUUAAGAUGACUGUCCAAGACUAGGGCUGUAGGCCUUAGCCUCAGAACUAAGUGGCUCGCCCAGGAUUAAACUUGACCUCAUUAGCACUUUAUCCCAUCUGGCUGAGUUAACUGCCGUGGAGUGUAAGCAGGAAGGACUCUGAAACAAUUUAGAGUGGGGGUGAGAAUCUAAUAAUUGGAAGAUCCUAGUGAUUUGGAAGUCUAAUAUUCAGCUCUAAAAUCUUUAAUUUAUUUUAUAUAUUUUUAUUUUUUAAAUUAAAUAAAAAUUUUUUAUUUUUGGCUGUGUUGGGUCUUUGUUGUUGUGCGUGGGCUUUCUCUAGUUGCAGCGAGUGGGGGCUACUCUUCGUUGUGGUGCAUGGGCUUCUCAUUGCGGUGGCUUCUCUUGUUGUGGAGCACGGGCACUAGGGCGCACGGGCUUCAGUAGUUGCAGCAAAUGGGCUCAGUAGUUGUGGCAUGCAGGCUCGGUAGUUGCUUAGUUGCUCUGCGUCAUGUGAGAUCUUCCCGGCUCAGGGCUCGAACCCACGUCUGCUGCGUUGGCAGGCGGAUUCUUAAUCACUGUGCCACCAGGGAAGUCUUCAGCUUUAAAAUCUUGACGAUGAAGAUGAACUGUUCCAGCCAUAACAUAGAAGAGCAUUUGUAUUAAAAGUCCCACCUUUCACACAUUUUGUGUCCUUGUGAGAAGCUGAAGAUAAGUCUGUGUGGUCGGUGGCUUUCAUUCCUGGGGAAAUCUCUCCCACUGCAAUUGCCAGUUUUGUGUGUGGGGUGUGUGUGUUUGGAACUCUUAGUUGCGGCAUGUAGACUCUUAGUUGUGGCAUGUGGACUCUUAGUUGUGGCAUGUAUGUGGGAUCCAGUUCCCCGACCAGGGAUCAAACCCGGGCCCCCUGCGUUGGGAGCGCAGAGUCUUACCCGCUGGACCACCGGGAAGUCAGUGCUGUUUUCUUUUUUCCCAGCAAUUUAUAUCAAAUGUUUUGUAAACAUUACCAUUUUAUUUGAAGUAAAAGUCCCUAGGGUAAGUAUAAAAUUGGAGUUGUUUAGGAAGAGUGAAACCUCUACAGGUGAAGGAGCAUUUUCGCUGUGAACUAGAGGAGGGUACGUGGUGUUCUGGUAGCCGGCUCAGAGGGGAACACGUGCUGUUGCUUUGUCUUCUUGAAGGCGGUUGGGAGGAGAGCGGAAAUGUACUUUCCGUUGUUGACGAGCUGGAAAGGUUGUGUAGUAGGUAUUGAUACUUCGAGGAGUUGAGGGAGUUCUAGUAGCAGCUUCUCUUGCUCCUAAGCUGUAGCCUUGAGACGGGUGCUGUGUUCGUCACAGUGAGGUGUGUGUCACAGUAUGUUUCGUGGGGAAGAGGGUAUUGUGGGUGUUGUUUUUGCCUGAAAUUUGUACAUCAGAACAUCCAGAUCGGAGCUUGAAUGGACUGCUUGACUUGGUGUUUAUGCGCAUGUGGGAUGUGGAGUUGCUGGAUAAAAUAUAAGACAGCAGCGGCAGCUUUCUGUAAGCGCGGUCCCGAAGAUGGGAGGCGCGGUGAGUGCUGGUGAAGACAACGACGAGCUGAUAGACCAUCUGAAGGCGGCGCAGUACAUCCGCUCCGAGCUGGUGGAGCAGGCCUUCCGAGCUGUUGACCGCGCCGACUAUUACCUCGAGGAGUUUAAGGAGAACGCGUACAAGGACUUGGCGUGGAAGCACGGGAACAUCCACCUCUCCGCUCCGUGCAUCUAUUCGGAGGUGAUGGAGGCCCUGGACCUGCAGCCUGGCCUUUCCUUCCUGAACCUGGGCAGCGGCACCGGCUACCUCAGCUCCAUGGUGGGGCUCAUCCUCGGUCCUUUUGGUGUGAACCACGGGGUGGAACUCCAUUCAGAUGUGACAGAGUAUGCGAAGCAGAAGCUGGACUUUUUCAUCAGGACAAGUGACAGCUUCGACAAGUUUGACUUCUGCGAGCCCUCCUUCGUCACCGGCAAUUGCCUGGAGAUCUCUCCAGGCUGCUCUCAGUAUGACCGGGUGUACUGCGGGGCAGGCGUGCAGAAGCAGCACGAGGGGUACAUGAAGAGCCUCCUCAAAGUCGGGGGCGUCCUGGUCAUGCCGCUGGAAGAGAAGUUGACUAAGAUAACUCGGACGGGUCCUUCCGCCUGGGAAACCAAAAAGAUUCUGGCUGUGUCUUUUGCUCCACUCGUCCAGCCCUGCCAGUCGGAGUCAGGAGAAUCACGACUUGUCCAGUUGCCACCCCUGGCGGUUCGCAGCCUCCAGGACCUGGCGCGCAUUGCCAUCCGGGGCACCAUUAAGAAGGUCAUCCACCAGGAAGCUGUGAACAAAAACGGGAACGGACUGAAGAACACUCCCAGGUUUAAACGGAGGAGAGUUCGCCGCCGCCGAAUGGAAACGAUUGUCUUUUUGGACAAAGAGGUGUUUGCCAGUCGGAUCUCCAACCCCUCUGAUGACACCAGCUGCGGAGACCUGGAAGACGAGCGGCAAGAAGAAGAGGUGACAACCCCGCCGGACACCAAGCCCGAGCCCCCGGUGAACUUCCUGCGUGAGAAGGUCCUGAGCCUCCCUCUGCCAGAUCCCCUGAAGUACUACCUGCUUUAUUACAGAGAAAAGUAAGUCUGUGGUCCAGGGGAGGAGGCCAAGCCUUCCUGGAGGGCUGCCCGCAGCAGGUGCACUGGAGGAGGAAGGGGCUCCCGCUCUGCAUCUCGUCUUCUCGUCUGUCCUUGACUGUCCUGUAGAGUUUUCAUCCAGUCAUCUGAUUUCUGUAAACACAGUCUGACAAACAUAAGGUGCAAGGGGGAAUGUCUCAAAAGGGCGAGAGUCUCCUGGAGGAGGGGUUGACUUCACACUCUCAGGAAAUGCUGAGGUCUACACGUAGAGGUGGCCUGGAGACCGUUUCUUACACAAGGUACACGUGUCUGCAUCAGAAAGGAAAACUGAAGUUGAAAUUAAUCUGUGUUUCUUAUAAAAGGUGAGACAAAAAGCACAAGUUGCUAAGUGUAUGAAAUCUUUUCUGAGUGGGACAUGCCUAUGUGCAAGUUUGAAUUUUACGGUAUCAACCUCUUAAUUACUGGCACCGAGUAAUUAAAGAUUUAUUAAAAGAUUAAUUUAAAAGAUUUAACUAAAUGUUUUAGUUAUUUGGAACGUGGAUACUUGAUUGAAAAGCCCUCUCUUAUUUUAAGUAAAUUAAUUACAUCUUACGUGAGUUGUCAAUUGUAAUUUUAAAAAACAAAAAUUGUGAUGGGGAGAGGAAUGAACGUAUCAGAUUGCCAGGUGUCUUUGUGGAAUUGCAAAAGAAUUCCAAGGCAUUUUUUUCUGACACCUUUUGUUACCUUUAAAGUAACCAACAUUGAGUAAUCCCGUCAAAGAAAGUCCUGAAGAAUGAAACAAGUGUUGUGUGUAAGUAAUGAGCUGCAUUACUUUUGCCCCAGAGACAGAGAGUACUGUUGACUCAACUUUAAAUACAGUCAACGGUGUCUAAGGCUCAGUCCUCAGAGCAGGUGGGAAGUACUGGCUGCAGGAAAUGGAUUGGGGACGGUGUAGAUGGCCUGUGGGUUGGUGUUUUGUUUUUUUUUUCAGUUGGCUAUUGUUCUGUAAUCACAUAACAGUACUGAUUCAUAGAUUUUAUCUUUUAUAAUUCUGGAGAAAAAUAUUUGUUAGUUUUGUAAUUUUUCCUAAGAACAAACGCGUGUUUGGUACAUUGCAUUAGAACAGUUUCACUCAAGUUUGACUUGUGGAAUCCAUCUUCUCCAGCGCUGUGUGUUGAGAGCUUCCUGUCUUAUUAAGUCGUGGGUCUAGAAGAAGAGGCCGUCCUUUUAGUUAGGUGGCAGGAUGUUUACAAGUGACACUGCUUCUUCCAAAACAUUGGUUCUUUUCAGACUUUUCAGUUUUAACCAAAGUUAAACCCCAAAUCAGAGUCAUCCAGAUUUUAUGAUUCAUUUGAUCUCUCAGCCUCUCAGGUGUUGCUGGAUUUCAGUGUCUUUGUGGUUUUACCAGCUUCGCGGAGUUCUGGUUAUUUUGUUUUGCCAUUUAUGCUUUUUUAAAGUAACUGAGUCAUUUUAUCACAGAACACUGCGUGCACACAUAGCUGGGAAAGCGGGUAUAUUGCCCUAAAUGGGUACCGUUAAGCUGUUGUAAAGAAGGGUUUCUUCAUAGUCGUGUUUACCUGCCUUUAACUGAACGUCAAGCCUCAUUGUCUCAGAGAGAAAAGCAUGAGUCACGUUUACUUGCUAAGACUUCGGUUUGCAGAUCUUGUUGACGUCAUUCUAAUUGAUUUGUAGAGACCUCUGCAACACGUGGACAUUUUUGGACAUGAUAUCUGAAAUAUUUUAUAUUAGGUGGCUUGACUAAAUUUUUUUCUGUAAUUGUAUAUGGAUUUCCUUUUUUUUCAACCACAUUUGCCUUUAUGCUAGAUUGUAGAAAGUCUUUGCGAGGCAUAAGACAUGUUUUCCCCUAUGUAUGUUAAACCUUUCCUAACAUUUUGUAUUUACAUGUUGGUUUGUGACUUUUAAACCAGAAUUUGUUUACAAGAUAUAUAUAUAUAGAUAUUGAAUAUAAUAUAUGUGAAAUAAUUUGGUAUUGAUCUAUCUAAUAAACAUAAAGGAGAAUCAUCAGUGAGUUUCCCUGUGUGUCAGCACCUUUCUCCGGAGUCAGUCUGAGACACUACUUUCUGUUUUCAGACAGAUGAAUUAUAUAUAUAGUCUGUGUUGUCUGCAAGCUCUAUAUUGUAAACCACAUUCUAGACAAUGGCUGACUUUUAUGUUUUGAUUAGUCUGUAUUUUUAUAUGUGACUUUCGUCUUGAAAGUAGUACAGCAAUAGACAUGUGCAAAACAAAUAACAAAUUUAUAAAUAUUAAGUAUAUAAUCUAGAAAUCAGCUGUGUAUUUAAAAAUAUUUUUGCCCAUCUGGAACUUUCAGGGGAUUAAUGCAAGAAAUAUGAAACAAAGGUUUUAAUGAACUGAUAUACAAAAGAUACCAAUAAAGGUAGUUACGACA